GAUCCUGGGCAUGUUCACGUCCCAGCAAUGGAAACAUCUCAGCAACGAUUUCCUGAAGACCCAGCAGGAGAAGCGGCACAGUUGGUUCAAGACGAGCGGCACCAUCAAGAAGUUUCGUGCUGGCCUCAGCAUCUUCUCCCCCAUCCCCAAGUCUCCCAGCUUCCCUGUCAUCCAAGUCAACCGCCUGAUCAACCGCUCCGUCGCCUGUACGGUGAAGAACCCCAAAGUGGAGGUUUUCGGCUACCCCCCGCCCAGCACCCAGGCAGGUGUCGCCCCCUUCAACAUCCUGGUGGGUGCCUCCCCGCCUCGGGGUUUGCUUUCCUCUCCUUUGGUUGGUGGCCACUGCAAGAACGUCCCUACGCUGGAGUACGGCUUCCUCGUCCAGGUGAAUGUCCUGCGUCCACAGCGGAUCCCGACGCUCAACGAGUACUGCGUGGUGUGCGACGAGCAGCACGUCUUCCAGAACGGCUCCAUGCUCAAGCCGGCGGUGUGCACCCGGGAGCUCUGUGUCUUCUCCUUCUACACCUUGGGCGUCAUGUCCGGUGCGGCGGAGGAGGUGGCCACAGGUGGGGGUGUGGUGGACCUGCUGGUGGCCAUGUGCCGCGCCGCCCUGGAGUCCCCCCGCAAAAGCAUCAUCUUCGAGCCUUACCCUUCCGUGGUGGACCCCAACGACCCCAAAACACUUGCCUUCAACCCCAAGAAGAACAACUCACACCGGAUGGACAGCGUGAUGUCCAUCCGGGAGAUGACCCAGGGGUCCUACCUGGAGAUCAAGAAGCAGAUGGACAAGCUGGACCCCCUGGCCCAUCCCCUCCUGCAGUGGAUAAUCUCCAGCAACAGAUCCCACAUCGUCAAGCUGCCCCUCAGCAGGGUAAGGGGCCUGGCCGGGCUCCAGGUGGGGUGCGGGUACGGCAUGCGGGAUGGAGG